GCGCUCGUCAGUCUAGCGGACGCGCGCAGUUAGUUCCUUCUCAACUACGUCAAGUGAACAAACAGAAACUAUUAAACGGCAUCCAAACUAUCCAACAAACUUACUGAAUGAUACUUCUGGGAGUACGGGGACAUCGCACCUGUCCGCCAGGAUGAGAAUUAAAAAAAUUAAGUGCAUCCUGCUGUGCUUGCUAUGCAUUUGUGUCAUUUCCUUCCAACAUUACUACAAAACUCUGCACAAUACUACAGUGUACCAAGAGCCUUUUCUCCCAUCCUUGCAACAAAAGACCCUAAAGAUUGUCAACGAUUUAUUCUGGAACGUGCCGGAUAUCAACUUUUACAAACACCACCUAAAGGGCUUUAUGCGAUCAGAUGUGAUCAUCAGGUUAGAUUCCAUUACGUCAGAUAAAAAACUUCACGAAAGCAACUUUGUUCUCCAAGACAACCUUACAGCCUUUUUCAUCCCCACCAAAUCCGGAGCAUUAUGUUUCAAAGGGGGGACCAAAAUGAUUGAAUCUUCUUUACAACGUGUCAUACUUCACAAGCAGGACAACAACUCGAAAGAAGUUGCAGUGGAGUCAAGCCAGAUUGGGGAUGGAUGCAGAUGUUACCAAGGUUGGCACGGCCCUAACUGUGGCAUACCUACAAUUGUGCAACAUUCAAACCUUAAAACCAUAGCAAAAUUAAGGCCCAGAAAAGUUCCACGUCGAGUUAUCAAUGCCAUCAACAUUAACCACGAGUUUGACCUACUCCACACUCGAUUUCAUGAACUUGAACAUGCCGUGGACGUGUUUAUAAUUUGCGAAUCCAAUUUUACCGCUUACGGCACCUUGAGACCUCUUUUUUUCCAGCAGCAGCUACUAAACGGAACGUUCAAUUACAUAAGGCACAAGAUCCUUUACGUUUACCUGGAUCAUUUUCCAGCUGGAGGCCGUUCGGACGGCUGGAUUGCCGAUGAUUACCUGCGCACGUAUUUGACCAGAAACGGACUGUCGAGGAUUCAUGGCCUGAAGGAUGAUGAUGUUUUCGUCAUAAAUGAUGCAGAUGAAAUUCCUGCACGAGAGGGAAUCCUUUUCCUCAAAAAUUACGACGGCUGGACCGAGCCGGUCGGGAUUCACAUGCGAAAAUCGCUGUACGGAUUUUACUGGAAACAGUUCGGAACGCUGAACAUCUUAUCAGCUUGCACGGUGGCUAUGCUUUCGAAAGUUUACAACAGGGAUGGAAUUCUUCUUCGACGUCGGGAUUAUUAUACAAUGCCAGGAUUUAGGGAAUAUGAGAAUUCCACCGGACGCAUCCUAGUGUCGUGGUCUAUCGGAAGCCCAGUUCAUUACGCCGGAUGGCACUGUUCUUGGUGCUUCAGACCUGAAGGGAUUUAUCACAAACUUAUAUCUGCCCAGAACGGGGACUUUCCACGCUGGGGUGAUUACAGUGAUAAACUCAAGCUAAAUUAUAUUGAAGAGCUAAUACGGACAGGUGGGUGGUUUGAUGGCUCCACACCACAGUACCCACCCACAGACCACAAAGAGCACAUGUAUGCUCCAAAAUACCUACUAGAAAACUAUAAAAAAUAUAGCUACUUGCUAAAAAACCCAUAUGCAAAAGAGCAAGAACUUAAGAAAGGGUCCCGUCAAAAGGAUUUUGUGUAAUUUUUUUACUAGUGUAAUAUACAGAUAUGUUUAUGUUAAACACUGUGGCACUAUCAAAAGAACGAAAAGUCUUUCUAGGGAAGUUGCGUCACUGCGCCGCCAUGUUCGCAACGCCUCCAUGGCUGCGUCCGAAAUCGCAUACUGUGACAGUAGGUACUGAAUUAGAUGAAAACAGUAGGUAGUAUCUAUAUAGUAUUAAUAUGGAUAGACUGAGUGAAUUCAGACGUACUACAUCCAUGGUUGAUGUAAAUACAUUACGUGACAUACGUCAUCAAGAAGUUAGUCGUUAACUGGAAUGACGUUAAACAAGCGCAAUGUAAACACGAGGGAUAGAUGUAAAAUAUAUAUUUGCAUUUGAAUUGAGAUGCGUUGCCACUUUCGGGCAUUUUUUUUUAAUAAUACUAUGCCCCUUUGUCGUCUUCUUUGCUGGAUAACUCCUCUCCUGGGGGAUCACGGGACAGCAAAGUGUCCAUCGAAUAAACACUUCGGGAUCUUGUUGGAACUAGUACGUCAUCUGGGUACGUUUCUUCUAUUGUUUUUCGAAAAUUAUGAAUUCGCACAUAUUACUUGCUAACCCUACCAAUAUAGUAUGGAAGUAGACAGUUUUGAACGGCGGGACUACAGCGGCCAUAUUGACUGCUGCAAUCUCCCCCAUUCAUAUCAAUACCAGUGACAAAUCUUGUUAUUAUUAAAUACCUUUGAUACAACAUUGAAUCAACCAAUGGCGUGAAUUUGGGGGUGGGACCCAUGCUGCGUAAAGCCACGGUCACACUAGACUUUGAGAAUGUGAGUAUUUGUCGGACGUUGCUGCCGGCAGGGUGCAGCUCAUUGAUAUGAUCAGUGUUGGGGAAAGUUACUUUUUAGAGUAAUGCAUUACAAUAUUAAGUUACUCCCAAAAAAUGUAACUAAUUGUGUUACUUAGUUACUUUUCAUGGAAAGUAAUGCAUACUUUACUUUUACGUUACUUUUUCUUGGCAGAGGCUUGAUCUCUUUCAGGCCUUGCAGGUGUUUUUAUGACUGAAAACUUCUGCAUUCAAAAAUUUCAUAUUUCAUCACAAAAAUGUUGAGCUCUGGCCUGCCAUCUCAGUUUCUAACUCAAACUGUUCCCACACAGGCGUGUACGCAUAAUGUGACUACAUUUUAGUUCAGUACAUAUUUUUUAUCAAAUUAAUUCAACUAAAAAAGUAACUUGCAUUAUUCUCAAAUUAAACUCAAAUUUUAAUAUGUACAAAAGUAAUGCAUUACUUUACUCGUUACUUCAGAAAAGUAAUAUUAUUACUUAUACCAUAGGCCUGUUGAAUGCUGUAUUCUGAUUGGCUGAGAUAUGUUCAGUGGGUAUGCAUUAAUUUCUGAUAACUGCACACCUAACUUGUCAAAUGUCUUAAAAAUAGCCACCUGAGCAAUGUUUGUGGUAACCGUGGUAUAAGAGGAAUAAUUGACUCCGGUCCUUUGAAUUAUUUGAAAAUAAUGCACACCCGCGGUGUAACGGCGCGUUGUACUGUAUUGCACCUUGGGUGUGCAUUAUUUUCUUAUAAUUCAAUGGCCCGUCGUCAAUUAUCCCUUACCUAAUACACGUUACUUGUAAUGCGUUGCCCCCAACACUGGAUAUGAUCUUUGGCUUCAUCCAUUUGUGUGAAAGGUCACACAGUGACAUACCGGUUUCGUACUGGUAACAACGCUCCACGUGAUACGAAUUCGCAGCGAAAUAUGUUGCACGAGCUUGCGUAUGAAUGGAAGUCAAUGAAGCAAAUUUCUAGUGUGACUGGCCCUUAAAUUUAACAUAAAACAAAUAGUAUUUAGAAGAUUCAGUGAUAUGAUAGUAAAUAUUUAUUCAGUGUGAAUGGUGUAAGGGAAAACAUAAAGCAUGACAAUACUUUAACGCCCAAAGGUUGGUCAUGCACGCAACGGCUGCAUUAUUGAGCGCAUUAGAGGCACAUCGGUACUGCGAUUUUAUUGCACUUAAAAGGGCACGACUACUAACAUGAUAUGUGUAUUAAUGCUUCGAUAAAACAUUUACCUGAGAUUUUUUGCCUAAAAUUUCCUGAGAAAAAAGACAACUUAACACUCCUUAUGUAGAUGGCUAAAAAAAUGGUUAAUAGGUUGCUGCUUCAGUUGAGAAAUGUGUCACAGACGCUUUGUCUUAACCAUGUCUUACAACAUUUUUAAGGGAUUAAGAGACAAGACACAUGUUUAUUGUUUUAUGAUUCAUCAGUUAAAAGCUUUAAAUGUUAACAACAAAGCAAAUAACUAUUAUAACAGCUAUUGCAUUUUUGUCUGUAGGCUCAUAAUAAACAGUCGGUCUCUUUAGCUGUGAGUAUAUCUGUAAUGUAACGUGUCAGAUGAGGUAAAACACAAGAGAAUGUGUUGGGAAAAUUAACAGGAAAGAAAAAUGUUUAACAAAACAAAACCCCAUUCUUGUAGCCUAUCUUUUGUAAGCUCAAAGCUCAGGUUUAUAAACUGCACAUGAACGCUCUCUGAUGUUGUGUUCACCUAUUUUUGAUAGCCAAAUUCUUGAGACAGGCGGGCCCUAAAAUUAAAAAUGGCAGAUGGGAGGAUUUCUGCUGUGGCAGGUAUGCUUCAUAAGUUUUUAUGUGCAACAGCUUCAUUGCUUGUAUGAACCUGUUAUUCUCCAUUUAUUCCAACAUCAAAGCACUUGAACAAAACAAGCUCAUAAUCACAACUUCACAUUUGCAUUUAUGCAUUUGGCAGACGCUUUCAUCCAAAGCAUUACAAAGUAUGCAUUUUGUGUUCCUUGGAUUCGAACCCAUGACCUGUUGUGCUGCUAACGCAAUGCUCUACCACUAAGCAAUACAGGAUAAUACUCACAUAAUAAUCACAUUUCCCAUAUAGCCUGAAGGCAGCAUUAGUGCGCACUAUCAAAACCAAGGAGGCUAUAUGACACGUGACACGUAAAGCAACCAAUCACGUUUUGCCCUGCAUGCGAGUGCAAACUUGUGGGGAGGGGGGAACAACAGCCCUUGGGCACGGUUCAAAGGAACCUUGCCAAAUGUGAGUACGCCCUUAGUUUUCGCGUCCGAGCUCGUCCUUUGAAGAAAAGCGAGCAAAGUUUGUUUGUUUGUUGUUGUAAAUCAGGACAGUCAGGUCUGAAUUAGUAUUUACUAGUAUUUAGUAAAGUACUUUUAACACAGUAUUAGUUAGAAACAACACAUAAGAUGCAGAAUAAGUAAACGUAUUUGUGAACCGGCAUAUCACAAGCCACAAAGCAAGAGGUAACGUUGUGCGGAUGUGGUCCGCAGGCCACAUGUUGAGUAAUGUCACGUAUCAGAUGUUAAAUCUGGGGUGGGCCUUUUGUAUUCAGUCAAGUAGAUUGCAAAAAUGGUCGUUGAGUACAUAUUAGACAGGAGGGGAGGGGCGAAAAACGACACCAGAUAAAAAGGAAGUUGUUUAGAGGCUGAAUAUGUAUUUUACUUAAGGUUAUAAAGGUAAACUUUUUUAAGUAUAGCACUGAAUCACACUCACAAGACCAAGUAAUGUGUAUAAAUAGGGAAAUGGAAUUCAUUUUUGUGUUUACUUUAAAAGCGGCCAAACCCUUCUCAUUUCAUGCGUGUAUUUACACAGAGGUCGAUAAUGUUACCCUUGUGCCUUAUAUACCACUGAAUGUUAACAGCUACCACAUUACAAUUCGUUGAGACAAUGUGACCCUGUCUGUGACAUCCAAAUUAAAGUCUUAUAAUCGAAUAAUGAGAUUUUAAUCCUUGAAUUGACCUUACUCUCUCAAUAUUAUGAAAUAUAAAAACAUAAAUCACAAAUAAAUGACUUUAGCUGGGCUUUAACAGGAAGUGUCACAUAUUUUGUAAACGUAAUGUUAUGAUUUACUGCUCUUCUUAUGUAUUGAAAACGUGAUGUUUUGUGGGUCAAAUGCCUUGUUUUACAAGAUCUCAGGUAGAAGUCUCAUAAAGAUGACAUGAUGCUUUGUUUAUAACUGAGGUCACUCUUUGGGUGGCUGCUUUCUUGCGGGGCGAAGGCAACAGGGAAUCUUUUCAACCCCAUCACCCGAGAUCCUCAGAGGGGCAGAAUGAUGAAAUAAAAUCUGAGCUUUUUAUAAGGCUUCAAUUUUAAAGUGGCAGUGAGUCAGGGAUCAUUGUGUACAAACCUGUUUAGGAGAACAAUGUUGUCUUUGUUAAUCCUUGUAAGAGGUUUUCUUACUUUCUGAUGACACUCGUGAAUGUUUACAUUGGUAAAUUAUGCAAAACUUUUGCACUUCCUUUAUCUAAAUUAGAAGCCAUAAUUUGCAAGAGUACAGUAGAAUACGUUCACUCUGGGUCGUUUCAACCCACUUGGUAAAAUAUGGACAUACCCAACCUAGAAAAUUUCUAAAUUUGACCCAAAUGUGGGUUGAAACAACCAAUGAUAGAUUCAUUUAAACACAACGGUUGGUAUUCUCCUUAUUUUCAACCAUGGUUUGAAUCAACCUAAAAAAACAUAAGGUCAUAUGGUUUUACAUCUAAUACAGCAGUCUUCAUAUGUAAGGUCAAUAUUUUAUACUGUAUUCCGCUUUGACUUUUGUAAAAAAUCAUUGUUUAUGAAUUGCUGUGCAGUUAAUGAUUUUUUAUUUGAUCAAAUGUAAUUGUAAUUACAUAUGAUUUAAAUAUGUCUCAUUUUCUUUUUGUUUGUGUGUAUGGGGGAUUGACAUUUUGUAAAAAUGUGUAAAUAAUUCAGAAAAGUUUAUUACUGUGAUUUUUAUGAAUUGUAAUAAUCUUAUUUAUAAGAGAAAUUCGGUGGAAUAAAAUGUAAUAAUUGACUCA